AUGCAUCAUUUUCUUGAAGACGCUUUACUCGUUGGAGCAUUAGGAUUUGGGGCAUAUGAAUUAUAUCACUUAUAUCAGUACGGUAAUUUCGGCAUUGGAAAUCCCUAUCACCAUACUAUGGGAUUUGGGGGAUAUGGUGCACCAUAUGGCUACAGUAGUUUCGGUUAUGGCCAGCCAUAUGGACAUCAUCAUCAUCAUGCUUUUUAA